CACAGCCACCGCCAAACUGAGCAGGGGGGGGGCAGAGUGUGCUUACUGGGGCUUCACAGGCUGCAGUCCGGGACGAUCCUGCAUUACUAGAUGGAAUUCAAGAGUUUACAGUUUUAGAACAAGUCUGUUUCCUGAAUACUCGACAAAGGCAGUGCAGCAGCUAUCAGCUAUUUCUUUUUGCGCCCCGUUCAAGGACAUUGCCAUGGACUGAGAGCUUCUGCUAAUCAGUGACAAAGUGUAAGUGAGCUGUAUGGACACUGCGCUUGCACACAGGGGAGAGAGAGGUCCCGCUGCUGGAGAUGUGUAAAGUGAAGAGGACUAACCUCGUGCAGUUGCCACUAUGGGAGACUGGAGCUUGCUGGGAAAGUUGCUGGAGAGCGCGCAGGAGCACUCUACGGUGGUGGGGAAGGUGUGGCUGACGGUGCUCUUCAUCUUUCGUAUCCUGGUUCUGGGCACCGCUGCCGAGAAGGUGUGGGGGGACGAGCAGUCGGGCUUCACCUGUGACACCAAGCAGCCCGGCUGCCAGAACGUCUGCUAUGACAAGACCUUCCCCAUCUCACACAUCCGCUUCUGGGUGCUGCAGAUCAUCUUCGUGUCCACCCCUACCCUCAUCUACCUGGGGCACAUCCUGCACCUGGUGCGCAUGGAGGAGAAGCAGAAACAGAAGGAGAAGGAGAGGGCCAGCCAUGCCGCCAACCACGGGGACAAGCAGCCCCUGCUGGCAGAGCCCAAAGACAAGAAACCGCCCAUGAGGGACGAGCAGGGCAGAAUCCGGAUGCAAGGCGUCAUCCUACGGACCUAUGUUUUUAAUAUCAUUUUCAAAACCCUUUUUGAGGUGGGGUUUAUAGUGGCUCAGUACUUGUUGUAUGGGUUCCAGCUCGAGCCCCUCUACGCUUGCGACCGCUGGCCAUGCCCCAACACUGUGAACUGCUACAUCUCGCGGCCCACCGAAAAGACUAUCUUUAUUGUGUUCAUGCUCGCUGUGGCCUGCCUCUCGUUGCUCCUCAACCUGGUGGAAAUCUACCACUUGGGUUUGACAAAAUGCAGGCAAGGGUUGAAAAACAGGACUGAGCUGGCAUGUGAAGCAGGGUCUAAAGCACCAAGCGAAGCAGCGGUGCCUUUUGGGUCAAAUUACCCCUACUUCCCCUGCCAUCAGCCACCUCCCGGACCCUACCAGCCCGGCUCCAGAUACAGCCCGUCUCCCUUGACCGAAAUGGACUCCGCCUAUCGCCCGUACAACAGCAAGGCUGCCUACAAGCAAAACAGAGACAACCUGGCCGUGGAGAGGAACGGCAAGCCAGAGGAAAGAGACCUGAAAGUGAAGAAAGGGACUCAGCCGCCAGUGGAGAAACAGCGCCUGCCCAGUCGAUCCAGCAAACACAGCAACAGCAAGACCCGGUUGGACGAUCUCAAAAUCUAACCGUAUCUGGAUUUUUUAAGAAAGAAACAAAAAAUCUAAACAGGUGCUGUUUUGUAUUUUUUUUUUUUUGGAUUUCUCUGCCUGCAGAGGAUCUGUUCGUAAUAAGUCUCGCUGUGCAUGAUUUUUUUUUCCUGCUGUCAUGGUACAUGCAGUAAAUGCGUCUCCCGUUACAAAUAAAAUGGUUUGAAACUGUGCGUAGGCAUGCAACAGACGUCAGUCUAUCACUUUCUUCUACCCAGAGAUUUUUGUGGCUGGUCCCAUCAAAGGCAUCCUCCAGCCGUACCCCAGGCUGUGGGUGAGCCAGGCUCUCGGGAAAACAACCAGAUGCUUGUUCGUGGUGUGAUUGGGGUUUUUUUUGGAACAUGUGUAAACGAUUUAGGCUUUUACUUGGAUAUAAAAAUUUGCGUAACUACUUUUUCUUAAAUCACAUUUUCACAAAAUAUUAAAACGAAGAAAAUGCAGAAGUGUAGGGAUAUUUUGAUUUGUGCAGUUAAAAAACACUUUAAAAAUGUGUAGAUUUUCUGUAUUAAUCUGGAGGCAAACGGAUAUCAUAUACUCUGCAUGAUGGCAGAAAAAGGUUGUAAAUUUGUCUUGUUUUGCUGGUCCAGGCUGAAUUUCUUAUUAUAUUAAACCUAAAAUAAAACAUGAAUUCACAAAACACAGAGGGUAAUAUUCACACAGCAUUUACCAUCACAAUACAUUGACACCUUCAUGAUAAAAAGCUAAUAUAGAACUAAAUAACACAGUAAGCUAAAUCAGGACUAUUCGCCUUGCAGUUGGAUUUUGACUUAAAUAAUUGUGUAAACUUUGCAUGGUGGUAAAUGCGCUGUGAAUAUGGCCCAGUGUCACUUAAGCAUGGUGCCCACCAUAGCACAUUCAAAACUAAAAUAAACUGCAAACUAGUGGUUUUAAACAGGUCACUGUGUUUAUAAACGUACUUUCAACAAAUGAGUGCAUUUCAGGAAUAAAGCAUUCCAUUUCCAGCAGCCCCUAAGCAAUAGAGUCAGUGUACCCUUCACUGUCACAGAACUUUAAAACACACAAAGACCUAAACAACUCCUCAUACAACACUCAGCAAGAGUUUAAUUGUUUGCAUAAACUUUAGUGCCUAGCGCUUGUCUUGCAAUUAUUUCAUAGAUGCGAGGCAAGCUCUUCAGCUCUUUCAAAUCUCUGUUGUAACUGCACCUUUCUGUCACCCCAGAAGUGGCAAGGGUGUUUAUUUUAGGCUAGACUUAGGAAAAAAGAGCCACAUUUCCCUAAAUGCAAACACAACACCCUAGCAAACACAUGGUCAGACUGUGCUCUGGCUCGGUAUCGACACUUGCUGGGAGACUGGUGCAGCUGUGUGGUCAGUACCAGCUGCAUCCCAUCAAUGCCUGCUUCCGUGUCAGAGCAGUGUGCCACCAGCUUGUUAACUCUUUAUAGCUGUAUUCCUGGUCCUGAUUUCCAUCCCGGAAGGACAACUCCCUGUGAGUCUGGAUACAAACAGAAUGACUUAGAUACCCAACAAGAUUUAAACUGCUCCUACUUGCUACCCCCUUGAGGGGAGUGCUGUUUCAGUGCACAGGUGUCUGUACUCUGAAACAACUGUUAUUGUAGAUCAUGGCAAGUUAAUGGACAGUUGUAUAAAA